UGUUUAGUAGUAAAGGGUAAAAGUAGCAAGCUAGCUAGCAUGGCUUUCUACAACUUGCUUCCGAUUGUCCUCAUCUUUGCUUCCCGGGCAAUAAUUCUCAAAGCCGAUAGCAAGCUUUCCCCAGAAUACUACUCCUCCAAAUGCCCCAAAGCAUUGUCUGUUGUUCAGGCAGCUGUUAUAGCAGCCAUCAAGCGCGAAACACGUAUCGGGGCUUCUUUACUGCGCUUGCAUUUUCAUGAUUGUUUCGUAAAUGGCUGUGACGCAUCGGUACUGUUGGAUGAUACGGGCAGCUUUAUAGGAGAGAAGACAGCAAUUCCCAACAAUAACUCGGCUAGAGGAUUCGAUGCCGUUGAUGCUAUUAAGGCCAGAGUGGAGAAGGUCUGCCCCCAAGUGGUGUCCUGUGCUGAUAUUCUUGCUCUGGCUGCUCGUGACUCGGUUGUUUAUUUAGGGGGUCCUUCAUGGGAAGUUGGUUUGGGAAGAAGAGAUUCUACCACUGCUAACAGAAGUGCAGCCAAUACCUUUAUCCCUCCACCUACUUCCAAUCUAAGCGAUCUCUUAGCAAACUUCUCCGCGCAGGGGCUCUCAGUGAAGGAUAUGGUCGCCCUUGCAGGUGGACAUACUAUUGGCCUCGCUAGAUGCACAUCAUUCCGAGCGCACAUUUACAAUGAAUCCAAUAUUGAUUCCUCCUUUGCCCAGUCAUUGCGGCGCAACUGCCCUGUUAGCGGAAAUGACAACAAGCUUUCACCCCUUGACCGCCAAACCCCGACCCAUUUUGAUAAUCUGUAUUAUAAGAAUUUGGUGGAUAAAAAGGGUCUUCUUCAUUCUGAUCAGGAGUUCUUUAAUAAUAAUUUUACUGAUUUCCUGGUCCAGAAUUAUGCUGCGAACGCUCAAGUAUUUUUCCAGGACUUUGCAAAGGCUAUGAUUAAAAUGAGCCAAAUCAAGCCUCUCACAGGAAGCAAGGGAGAGAUCAGAAUCAACUGCAGAAAAGUCAAUCAGAAACAAUCUGUAAAUGCAACAACAAAUCACCAACCAUAAGUACAUGCAAAAAGGAUCGAACCACCUUUUCCUUUCCAAAAUAUAUUAUGUGCAAUAACAUCUUCACUCUUUGAGAGAUGACUAUGUUUAUCAAUAAAACAUCCUAUUUAUCCA